CUGUCGUACGCCGCACGUCGCUGCAUUGCCCUCGCCGAACGAAGAAAUAUCUCCAAUGGUUGCCGUGGCAAGACAGGAUGUGCGUUCGGGUCCCCGAGUGCCAAAGUGGUAUGCCGGCCGGUCGGUGCUGGUGACAGGGGCCACCGGCUUCCUGGGGAUGGUCACCGUGGAGAAGCUGCUGCGAUCCUGCCCUGACAUUGGCACUAUCUACAUGCUGGUGAGGCCCAAGCGUGGACGGGACCCCCAAGAGAGGUUGGAAGAAUAUGUGUCCAAUGUGCUGUUCUCGAAGCUUCGAGGAGAGCGGCCCGACUUCGCACGCCAUCUGUCUGUGAUCUCCGGCGAUGUCAGCUCGCCGGACUUCUGGCUGGCAGAGCAGGACAUGGCUGCCCUGCGGCGUGACGUCAGCGUCGUCUUCCACUGCGCCGCCAGCGUCCGCUUCGACGACAGCCUGCGCAAGGCCGUCAACACCAACGUGGUGGGCACGAAGCGCGUGCUGCAGCUGGCCGAGCAGCUGCCCAACCUGCAGGUAUUCCUGUACAUCUCGACCUCCUUCUGCCACUCAGACCAUCAAGUCGUUGAAGAAAAAUUGUACCCAGCAAAAGCAGACCCAGAAAAGAUUAUGAAUAUUGUUUCGUCAAUGGACGACGACCUUUUAGAGAUUAUAACACCAAAGUUGCUGGGGAACCUACCAAACACGUACGCCUUUACGAAGAACCUGACAGAGGAGCUGGUGGCGAGGUACUCCGACCGGCUGCCAAUCGUCAUUGCCAGGCCGUCCAUUGUGAUAUCGAUCUGGAAGGAGCCGCUAGAAGGCUGGACAGCGAAUAUGAAUGGACCAAUGGGCUUCCUCGUAGCUGGUGGGAAAGGCGUGCUGAGGGUUUUAAUGGCAGAUCCCAACAUCGAAUCAGACUUCAUACCUGUCGACUGCACGGUUAACGCCAUCAUCAUAUUGGCGUGGCAUGUUGCAGUAACGAGGCAGCCGAAUCCGUAUGUUUGCAACAUAACUAACGGUCGUCGGAACUACGUCUCCUGGGAAGGCGUUCUGAAGAAUCUGAUGAGGAUAAGUACGACGGAGGUUCCUCUACGACCAAUUCUGUGGUAUUGUGAUCCAAUUGUGACGACUUCAGUUGUGUGGUACACAGUCUGCCAUUUCUUCCUCGAAGUCUUGCCUGCACAUAUUCUCGACUUCUUCAUCCGUCUUUCUGGAAGGAAACCAUUCCUGGUGCACAUAAAGAAUCGUUUACAUUCGGCCAAGAUCAUGUUGCGAUAUUACUUGGUACACGAAUGGACAUUUAUCAACAAAAAUAUUACGUCUCUGCAUGCAUCUAUGGCUCCUGAGGAUCAAGAAGUCUUUUAUUUUAAUGUUGAUGAAGUUGAUCAGUAUGACUUUUGUAAAAAGGGGCUUAUUGGAGCGAAGCUGUACCUUCUUAAUGAGAGCAUCGAUAAUAUACCCAGUGAUUUGAGAUAUAUCAGGAGGAUGUACUUGUUGCACGUUGUAGUGCGGACACUUUUCUAUGGCCUGCUACUCUGGCUACUCUACUCGUGGUCAGGACCAGCACUGGAGAUGGUUGAAACUGCAAUGGAAUAUUUGUCUUCUCUGUUACAUGGAGCUCCAGUUAUUAGAGCACUCACAGACCAAGUUCCUGUCUCUUCUACAGUGUUGCCAGGAGAUGAGGCUAACGUGACAAACAACUGACACCCCUGUUGUCAGUUUUGUUCAAAUAACCAGCUUAGAUUUUACACUAGUAACUGGCUCCAAUAAGAUUUCCUCAUUCCCAAAUCAUUUAUGAAGGAGAAAUUUUGUUAAAAAAAACAAGUCUGUAAAAAGAAAACUGCGAACUUCCAGUUGUUCAUCAUAUGUAUUGUAUAAUCAUUGUUAACAAGUACAAGCAAUAACAAUAUUUUUGGUGGUAAUUCCUUACAUGUCUGUCGUC